AUGUCUUCUUCUUCAGUUCAGUUUGAGUUCGCGCUCAACAACUCAGCACGUUCGCGUCCAACGGUGCCGGUUGCUGGCCCGGCCGCGGUGGAAACCGUUGAACGAGUGGUUUGGAAGCGACGGGGCGCCAUGGUCCAUGCGGAAGGCACCGGUGCGGUGAGGCGUUUGCCACUGGCCCAGCAGAGCUGGCAGGAUGCAGUGGCUUUCUUGGAGCUCCAAGGUCGCCGGAAACAGCUGCCCAGCCUGGCGACGUACACCUCGGUGAUGUCUGCUUGCACCCGGCAAUCCCAAUGGCAGCUGUCCAUCACUGUGAUCGACCGCCUCAGAGGUCAGCAGCUGCGUCCAGAUUUGGUGGCGCAGAAUGCCGAGUUAUGGGCCUUCGCCAAAGGUCUCCAGUGGCCGUUGGUGCUCCAAGGGCUGCAGAGGCUAAGCACUGCGGCUUGCAGCUCUUCCUUUGGAGCAUUGAUCGACCUCUUCGCCAAAGGCAGCCAAUGGCAGCGGGCCCUCAACCUGUUCCAGACGCAGAAGGGAUUGCAAGAGGAUCUUGUCACCUUCAACUUGCUACUGAACGCCUGUGAGAAGUCCUCCAACUGGACCAUAGCCCUGUCGCUUUUGGAGGAAAUGCCAAGGCGCCUGGUGCGGCCGGACGUCAUCAGCCUGAACACCACCUUGAGCUCGUUGGCCGCCGUGGCCCAGUGGCGCCGCGCGCUGCACCUGUGGGCGACCCGGCGCGGGGCGAGCGACGAGCGAAUCCAGCCGACCGUGAUCACCAUGAACUCUUUAAUGAUCGCCUGCAGCGCCGCCUUUCAUUGGGAACAAGCCAUCCACCUUUGGCAAGGUCUCACCCCAUACGUCGGGACGUCCGAAGCGACCUACGGCGUGUUGAUGGAGACGCUGGGAGCUCCAGGAUGUGACUGGUGUCACUCGGUGAGUCUCCUGGAAAGUAGUUUGCGACAGUCCUUGUGCAACGUCGUGACCUUUACUUCUGUGCUCAAGAUCCUGUCGACUGCGAGGCGUUGGCAGCAAGCACUCGCUCUCUUCCAGCAGAUGAUCCAGCGAGAGGUCACGCCGAACCUCCUGACCGUGGAUGUAGUGAUGACGAACCUGCCCAAUUGGCAGCAGGCCACCGCCUUGCUUUGGAGCAGUGCCCUGCUAAGCACGCCGGGCGCGUGGUUGGCGCUGAAGGAGCAGCUGGAGCUGCAGGGACAACGGCCAAGGGCGGAGGUCGCCCGAAGGGCUGCGUCACAGCGGGUGAUCGCACUUCUUAGAAGUGGUGGAGUCGGUCAACGGCCUUUGUGUGCCGUCAGUCAUUGCUUGGAGGAUCUUGCACUGCAGCUGGGACAGGAGAGCCCAAGAUCUUGGAGCGACGUCUUCUACGACCCUUGGAGCGAGGAGCCUGGGACCAGGCAGCCCAAGCCGACGGAUGCCGCCUUCAUGGUCUUGGUGGCCAGCACGGGGUUGGGCUUCGGCUUCGGCGGUAUGGCCCACAUGCGGCUCUUCAUUGUGGAACGAGCCGGCGCGGUGUGUGGCUCCGCCUUCUCCGAGGUGCACAGUGAAUGGAUGUAUCCCUGGCUGCUGGCGAUGCUCAUCUCCGCCUUCUCCCCGGCCGCGUUGGCGGCCAUGGCCAUCCACGCUCCAGGCAGUUGUGCCAACUGGUUAGCUGCUCCGAUGACUCUGGGACUUCUGUUGAUCUCCUUGGGCCUCGCAGUCUUCGAAGGUUUCUCCGUGUGGAACGGCAAUCUCACAGGAUCCGGGAACUAUAUCGGCCUCUUGGACCAAGGGGCAAAGACGUGA